AUGUCCACACGUGAUAGCAUUGGGAGCAGUGAGUCUAGCGAUAGUGAUGUGUUGGGAGUAGGGAAUAGAUUUCUCGAGGACCAGGUCACUGCGGUCAAUCAGAACGUGGCCGCUACCGAUAGUCAUGUGAGAAGCAUAGCCGACGCCGAGAACGUGAACUUCAUCGACGACGGACGGAAUAGUGGAAGGACGGGAAUGGAGAUGGAUAGCAGUGAUAAUAGAGAUCGCCUCGGCCUCAGUUUCUCAGGACCGCUUACUGUAGACAUCAGGUCGAGUGCUGCGAAUAAUAUGUUAGUGUCAGGACCACCCCCAGGACUGACGGAUAGAAACUUGGAGAUCGUGGCGGCAAUGGAUAGUGUGGGGAGGUCGGGAGGACUGGGCUAUGCCGGAAUAGCGGACACGUCGGGCACUCAGGGGAGGGACGCAGACGAAGGUUUGCAGGAGUUGCUCGCAAUCCCGUCGAUAGCAGAUAGAGGGGAUGCCGUAAUGCAGCUCAGCAUGCUUGCAAGCCGUCCUGUAGUGUUUGAUCCAGUUAUGGGAGCUACAGAUUUAAAUGAGUAUAGGGCCGGAAGAGGUGAGAUAGAAGCGGGAAACGCUAGGACUCCGACGCUUGCUAUCGAGGAUCUGGCUGGAAUAGAUGAAAGGAUGGAAGAGGGACCGUUCGUCAUCCCCUCCGAGCCUGUGUCCCACAGGACGAAUUACGAGUCAACGGGAGGUGCCAAGGGAAUCACUGGUUCCAGGUUAGAAAUGGCGAUCGAGGACAGAGUGGAUAGUCUUGCAGUGUCAUCAUCGUCAGAUCAUGAUAGGACGAUCAGGAGGAAUGAUGAUGGAAUAGAUGCGAUGAUGCUCAGUGGCGAGCUCGGUGCGGAGGGCGAUCGAACGAGAAGUGCGGAUAGCGGACAUUGGAUGGGCAGAGGGAAUGGAGAUGAUCUCGUUCCAGGAGUGUAUUCGAAUAGUGCGACCAUGAUUGGGAAUGUCGGUGCCGAUCCUACAGACCUGGAGUUGAUAGCUAAGGGAUCGUCAGCGGUAGCGCAGAACGUGGUCAGUGGGAGCGAUGAUAGAGCACUGUCUGUAUUUUCAUCUACAGGUCUCUCGGAGGCAUCACCAGGCGGGAACGUUGAAGCGUUGAAGGAUGUGAGGAUGGGUCAGACUACGACGAUCGGAAUAGAGUGGGGAUCCCAUGGAAUCCGGAGUACGCUCGAGGAAACGGGGGUCAUCACUGACAUGGACUUUGCGAAGUUCUUCACAGAUCAGGGGCCAGGAGAGCCUGGAUCAACGCCCAUGACGAUGCAAUCGGAGUCGCAGGAACGGUGGAAUGCUGGGAUAUAUGGACUGCGUAAGCAACGAGCGGAGCAGGCCGUUAAGGAGAUGAACCAGAUAGCCGAGAGCGUCCCCGCAGCGAAGAAGUCGAAGUCGACAGAAAUUGGGGGACCGAUCCAUCAGGCAGGAAUGAUCACCCCGGAUCAGGGUAGCGAAGGAUGGGGCAAUCGAUCCCCGGCUCCACGAUCUCCUGGGAUAGGUGGGCAGUACGAGCAUUUCGGGAUCGAUACUCCUCCUGAAGGACGAGGCAGGAACGACGAGAUGAGGGCAACAUCAUCCCCACCCAGGCGGGCAAAGGUGAGAGCUCCUGCUGAUCCGGACAAAUCGUCGUUGGGAGAGAUAGAUGGCAGGAUAGAUGACUUGCAGACGGUGGUUGUGGACACGCAGACCGACGUAGCCAAGCUUAAGGAGCUGAAAGAGAUGAGUCGGAUCAUGGACGGGAGCGUCAGCGAGGAUAGGAUGGAUGAUGCAAUGGCUCCGCAACUGACCGAGGGAGCAAUGCAGCUCGCACGGAGAAUGAGACGGCAGGUCGAAAACGUGAAGGUGCUCAAGACCUCUGUUACGACUAGAUUGAAGGGAGUGGAGGAGCGAUUGUCCACAGCGGAACAUUCAGCGGACAUAGCCAAACAGAGUACCGGGACGAAGAUCACCACGUUAGAAACAGGAUUGAAUGAGGUGAGACGUGGCAUAGGUGUAGUCUUCUCGAGUAUGCAAAUGCGACACGAGAAUGGAACAUGGAAGAACGAGAGACUGGAUAAAGUAGAGACGGUUUUGAAUAGACAGUGGGACCAGAUCAAGAUAGCGGGCGAGGAACUAAGGAAGCUGAAGUCCAAGGGGAGCCAGAAAGCCGGAACAGAUACGGCAUCGUCGUCACAUUGCAACAGCCAAGGAAAAGGUCCUGGAUGCGGAUGCAGAGAACCUGGCGAGGGUCACGGCACGUGCAUAGAUGGGGCAGUGCGGGGCGAAACCAAGAAGCUGAGUGAAGUGGUUCUGGCGCAGAAGGAACACAUAAUGACCGUCGCGAGAGAGGUGAUAAAGAACCGCAAAAGCGUGGCUGAGAUUGUGGCGAACAUGACAAAGGUUCACAAGACUUGCGAGAAUGUCGCUGCAAGGACAGAUCGGAUGGAUGAGAAGAGAAACGGAGAACAGGCCUGGGUAAAGGAUACCGUGCGAAAGAUGGAAAAGACAAUGGAAUCAAUGUCGAGCCGUAUGAUAGAUGAGCAGAAGAGAGUCACGGGCGAAUUUAUCCUUGUCAAUGCUCGAAUUGAUGAGAGCGCACGGAACGAAGGGGUAGGCAAGAUGCGAGGAAACAGCGCAGAGAUAGGAAAGCCACCGACCAUGACACGCGGACGAGAUAGUCACGGUGGGAGUGGGGGAGCCGACGGAAGAGCCAGGAGCGACAACGCCCGAGGGAUAGAGGCUUCGAGGCCGGAGUUGGCAGGUCCUGUGGUAGAUCGAAGGAUUGAGAGUAGAUGCAUUGUGUUAGAACAGCAGGUGACCAAGAUCACUAGUCAAUUGCAGGGAUUGACCACUGUGAAUGAGCGGAUCGUGAGGGAGAACGCUAGCCUGACCAGUGAGAUAGAAAGCAUGAAGGGGGAGAACAAAGGAGUGACAGAAUCGGUAGCGCGGAUGAUCCGGGAUAAUAGAGAUGAGGUAUCUAAAAUGAGAGCGGAUCUCGAUCUUCGUAGUAGAGAAAUGAUUGAACUCAAAGAGAAGAACGAGCAGUUGGAGGCAACGGUACGAGAGUAUGAGCGGAGACUGGAGCAGGUGAAACGAAACGAUAGCAUUAAAGCAGAGCUGGAUAGCAUGUGGAAUAGAAUCGGUGAGAUCGCCAAGCAGAGCUCCGAGUACGCUAUGCCGGCGCCGGCUGCGGGAGGUGCUUCGAACGCUGGCUCCGCAAGACCAAGCGGAGGGUAUAACAAGUUCAAGGACACCAGAGGGAUGGAGAAAUGCAACGAGAUAUCGAUAGCGAAGGAGCCAUCAUCCGGGGAAGUAGGACUGUGGCUGGGCGAUGUUGCCCACACUGCGAAGGCUGCGUAUCUAUAUGACGGGGACUAUGCAUACACGCAGGUAUUGAGGGUACGCGAAAGGAGCGAAGCGAUGAUAGACAUGGAACUCAAGUAUCCUGCGUUGGAGAACCAGCUUUUUAGCGGAUUAAAGAGAGCAAUAAAGUCAGAGUCAUUGUCGGCGAAGGUGAAGAUGGAGAUGUACAAGACUCAGCAAGUGGGGGAUGGAAAGCCGAUGACGGCCAUGAGAUUGCUUACGCUGAUAGUAAAGCAUGUUGAGAUCCCGAUUGCAAAAGAGAGUCAGGUGCUGUACGAUGGCCUGAGUAGCACGAAGGUGAUGAGUUUCCCGGGGAAGCCCGAAGAGGAGGCACUGGAGGAGUUCAUGACUAGAUGGGAUCUAGCGCACACGAACCUUACAGGACUGAAAGGCAAUACCUGGAGCGAGCAACAGCUGGGAUGGAUGUUGCAUUCGAAAGUGCAGAGAGUUCAGGUGCUGAACCACGAUAUUGAGGCAUGGAGACUGCUUCCGGACGAGGCCAAGACUCAUACCUGGUUGCGAAAGAGAAUCAAGGAUAGACUGGAGAUGUGGAGAGCGGACAAGAACAUAGACGAGGCAUCAAUGCGGGUGAGUCGACAGGCAUUCACGAGUGGGUACGGGGAAAUAGCUACGGAAGAGGGAUAUCUGUGGGAAGAGGCAGGGACGGACUUUCGCAGGCGGGGAGAGCCGAUGACCCGAAGAAUAGAUAUGGCCAGCGAGGAUAGCCAGGUAUAUGCGGCCAUGCCUGUGGUACGACAAGGGGAUGAUGGCGCCGAAGGCACGCAUAAGGGAAUACUGGUGACAACGACAGGCAGGGAGCGAGUGAAGAAGGGUAAUAGGCGAGUCAAGGGGUUGGGCUCCGAAGAGACGGGGAUAGCAGGACUGGAUAUAUGCUAUUGGAAAGGACACACAGCUGAUAAGAUGGUACGAAAAUGCAAAAACGUACACAAGAAGGGGUAUGUACAUGAUGUGAAACGAUAUCCCGUGAUUGAAGAGGCAAAGGCAAGGCUACGAGGAAUAUCCCUAGCCGAAGAGGUCGUGCUGGACAUACUUGCCGGGGAGCAAGGCGAGGAAGGUAGGGAUGCAUCAAGACUGGCUGAUAGGAUAGUGGAGGAAUGCAGGAGAAUAGGUAUAGUCGACGAGAGAUUCCGCGUGAAUAGUCGAGAGGUUAGUCAACCGGCGGCGUCUGCACAACAUUGCUUGCCCCCGGUAAUGAGACGAUGGAUGAUAGACUCGGGGUGCGCUAUGGAUCUAAUAGCAGAAGCAGACCUCACCCAGGAUGAAAAAGAUAUGGCCAUUGAGGCGAAGAAGGUGAGGUUCAACACUGCCAACGGCAACACCACGUCAAAGCAAGAGAUAUGCAUGGAUAUACAAGGGAUGCCUGAGACGAUGAGGAUUAGAAUGCUAGAGAGUACUCCCGCUGUUCUAUCAAUGGGGAGGAGAUGUAUGAAAAUGGGAUAUUCAUUUCAUUGGCUGGCGGGUGCAAACCCCGUGUUCGUCAAACCUGAUUCGAGCUUGAUAGUGCUAAAAGUCAUCGGGGAUAUCCCAUACAUGGUGGAUAGAAUGUCAACGGUUGUUAACGAAAGUGAGCGUAAUGACUAUCACAUCUAUCCUGCUAUGCCAGCGCCUCUUGCGAUUGAACUGCCCGUGCGAGGAAAUUCCAGUCCGAGGAGACUUGAAGAGAAACAGGAUGAAUGUAGCCCCAAAAGCGUGGACUCGGACACGGAUAGAGACACCGAGGAGGAACCGAUAGGAAAGGCCACCAACGACGACGGGAGGCUACUAGACAAGUGGAUGUUAACGGGUAAUAAAGCGGUGUGUUUCCAUAACAAACCAAGAACGAAGACUUGCGAUCCAUGGUUUGAAACACUGAAAUUCCCAGAGAUACAUGCACUUGUGCCGCGAUUCGCCGAGAGAUGUAGAUCCAAACGUGUGUACAAAGAUGGCAAAACCGUGGCGGAAUGGAUAGACUGGGUGGACAAGUACAAUGAGGGAGAGAAUAGAGACGCGGAAGAGGACUUAUGGACAGGCAAGACCAUGUUCAAGAUAGAAGGGCUCACAUUCGAAGGAGCGGAUGCAGGAGAAGCGGUGCAGAGCGAUAGCGCGAAGGUGAGAAAACAUAUCUUGAAUAGAAUGGCUGCGGAUGAAGACGCGGGGCUAGAUGACCUGACGAUGAUGCUGGACAAGAAUAUCGGUACCGGUGGGGAGGCAGAGACGCUAGUCGAGAUAGCAAGGUCGAGGAACGGACCGGAGAGGUGGGGAUACUCAUUUAUCAGUUGGGCACAGAAGCAGGAAUGCCGGGACGACGAUAUCAUCAUACUGCGCGUGUGCAUGCUUGUGGUGAUAGGAAAGGCACGUCACCGACGAUUGAGAGCCCCAACGAUGUGUCUCAUUGAGCAGCCCCAGGAUCCCGAGACGUAUUGGGAUGAUACGCCAGAAGGGGGAUACGCAUCAUUGUGGGCGACAGAAGAAUGGGAUAGGACGAGUGCCAUCCUAGGAACGAAGCUAUUCAGUUUUGAUCAGGGACCGAUGGGACACUCUAGGAAAAAGCCGACAACGAUAGCGACUGACGCAGAGUUGAUAGGAUGGGCGGUCAAUCUUAGAGGACCAGGGACUGGAGCGACGAAUGAUAGCAGUGAUAAAAGCAAGGGCGAGAUGAGCGAAUCGCAGAAUUGGGCGGAGUGGGCACCGGGAUUAGUGCGAGCCAUUAAGGAGACUAUGCGUAAGCACCACCGAGUAUCAUCAGUGGCCGAAAAGGGGAUAGACGAGAGGAAUAGGGAGACAACGAUAGAACAAGAUGAUAGUGAUGGUCGACUGAGAACGACGUUCUACUGCGCCGCGUGUAAGGCUGAUUCAUCCGGGGUAUGCGGGUUUUGUGAAAGAGCUUUAAGUCCUGAGCAGAUUGACGCGGGACAAAGCGCACGCAAUAUGACGGAUGCGGAGUUUCAGCUCGUCCGCGGAAUAAAGAAGAAUACGGAUGAUGACCUAAGGAUCGCGGAGCAAGUCGUCGCUGUACCCGGCGAAGAAGAAGGCACCGAAAACGAAGGCGAAUUGGAUGUUGAUAUAGAUUUGCCCGGAAUAGCCGACGAAGAACAGGCCAGAAGAGGAGUGGGAGAGCCUCAGAAGGAUGAUAGCGCCGGUGGCAUGGGAGAGGUGGAACAAACAGAGGCAGAAGUCGGACCUGCAGAUCAAGUUCGAGUUGCGGAUAGACUUGGCGAAGGGAUAGGGUCGAGCAAAGCUGUGAGCAUUCGGAGAGCAAGAUACUCACCGGAGUAUGCAAAAUCGGCGGAACAUUUGCUCACGCAUCUCCCAAAGAACAUGCACUGCGUUGCCUGUCGACAAGGCAAAGCAAUAAACGUUCCCUUCAACAGGGGCGAAGGCAUCACCGACAAGGGUGCCGAGAAGUUCGGGGAGAGGGUCACUGCUGACACGAUAGUUCUUCGCAGCAACAAAGACAAGGGAAUCCGCGGAGAAAAUAAUGCAAUCGUGAUGUUCGACUUCAAGACACAGUGGAUACACUGCACGCCCGUAAAGUCCAGGGGAACGGAUGAGUUUGUGCGAGCUAUCAAUGAGUUCCGAGGCCCAGAUAUGGUAGUGCAUUUAUACGCAGACGGAGCCGGUGAAUUCUCAAAAGCCUGCGACGUCAUAGGAACUUGCAGGGCGACUUCUACACCCGGAUUACCCCGAACGAAUAGCAUAGCGGAGCUCAAGGUCAAAGAAGUAAUCUACGGUGGCAGAGUAUUGCUGAGACAAGCAGGACUAGAACCGAAGUGGUGGCCGUACGCUGUGCAGACGUUCUGCUUCCAUAGGAACGUACAACAAGUGGACGGGGUAAGCCCGUACGGGAAAAGACAUGGCAACGAGCAAGACAAAGUGAAACUGAUUCCUUUCGGGGCACUUGUUAACUACCUCCCCAUUGCCGAAAAGCCUAGAAAAGCUGGCAAAGAGGACGCGGCCCUGCUCGAACGGGGGGAUCCUGAAAAUGACGCUCUUGAGAUUCUCGGAGCUGAUGAAGAUGUUUCGAGCAUGGCCUUGCCCUCUGAAACGAAGGAAACCAAAGAACAACGCUCGCAAAGGGAGGAAGAGCUGAGAGAGAUCGAUAGACGUGCGCUCGAUAUGGUCAUGACGCAGGACUUUGAUGUGCAGCAUGCAAAGGACAUCAUCCUGAAGUUCACUUCGAUAGAGAAAGGAAUAGCGAAGAAUUCGCGGAGCAUGGCCACCGGUAGAGGGUUCAUAGUCCUGGGGCUGUAUGCGUACGGAGGAAAGGUUGGCAUUACGAAUAGUGCCAAAGAAUAUCCGGGGAUAGCCAUGGUGUGCUGCGAGCUGAUAGCAAAAUGUUUCCCAGAAGCUACUUUUACAACGGUGAUUGUGUCUGUCGGAACCAGGAUGGGGCCUCACAAGGACAAGUUUAACGAGAGCCAGACGUACAACUUUGUUGUGCCGGUAAGCGAGAGGGCGGGUGAAGCUAUGAUCUGGACAGAAGAGGAACAGUGUGAGAAUGAGAGUGGCGACGCCGCCGGGAUAAAGAAAGAGGUGCUUCCGGGAAAAUGGAUAUGGGGAAGGACUCGGAAGGUUGAUAGUGGGCUAAAGUUCAAUCCAAGAGUUUGGCAUGCUACCGAAGAUGCCUUGGCGCCGGAGGAUAGAGUGAUAGCGGUGGGAUAUACCCUGGCAGCGGGUAAAAAGGCAUCUGUGGAAGACAAGUGGAAGUUGAUGAGGCUGGGCUUCAGAUUGGAUGAGCACUUUGCGACAUUAGCGGAUGGCUUAUGCCAGGCGGCGUGUGCAGACAACGGUGGGGAUGGGGAAGAAUAUGUAGAUCACGACGCCGAAGAAGAGCAAGCAUAUGCCAUGGCAUCCAAGGCAAAGUUCGACACUCCGACAUCACCCGGAUUGUUCCUAGGUUACGCGCUCCAACCAGGGGGUGUUCCGAGCGGAGACUAUAUAGUGGUUGAGCUGGCGCACCUGUAUCACGGAUGGACGGUACCGUCGAUACACCGCGUGAAGAGGAUAGUACUUGACGAGGAGAUGCCCAACUACUUCCCGAUGCAAGCUGUGGCUGAUAGGAAGUCGAGAAUCAUGACAGCGACUCGAGCUGAUGUCCUGGCCAGAUUGGAACUGGAGAGAGAGGGGCAGCAAGGAGAGGAGACGGAGGAAAUCUUCGCAGAGGAGAGAAGGGUACGAGCCGAUGUGAUGAGACAAAUUAAGUGCGACGAUCAGCAUCUUCAAAACGGGGAUUUCUGGGAACAUGAUGAGAUAGACCAUUCGUGGACGCUUCAUCACAUCUUACCCCGAAAGGAGCUGUGUACCCCAGGCGAGGAGGUCAAAGGUACAGGUGGCCCCGGGGAUAGAGAGCUGGGUCCAAGGAGGCGAACGUGGAUAGUGUACGCCGAUGGUACAUCGGAGGUACUGGAUGAGGAUAGAAUGAAGGGCAAGAAGAAGAUCACCAAGAAAUGGACGGGGUGCACUACGUUCUGGGAAAAGGGGGAGCCUGAGGGAGAGAUAGAGGAUGAAGCCAAGGAGCGGGCGCGGGGAGAGAAGGCGACGGGUAUACGGGGGGUGGGUUUAGACUACGAACAGGACAUGCCCAGGAUAGAACGGCCGUACGCGAGAUCUCACAAACCCAACUCCAUUUCGUCGGCAGAGUGGAAUAGGAUGAGUCCGGGACAGCGACUGCGCUAUAUAGAGGGAGACAAAGAGAGGAUCAUCAGAGGAGAGAGGCCUCCCUCUGCCGUUCGAGGGCAAGAGGGAAUAGGACCGCGUCCCGCAGAAAUUGGAGUUCGUGAAUGGAUGGAGAAAAUCACCGACCAUGGACAGGACUUCUCACCGCGGGAAUACCGAUGGGAUUCUCCAUCGGGAAUGCCUGAGGGUGGCCGAGUGUGGGCAGUAAGAAACAAUCGCGCCACAUCCUACCGAUUCUAUGGCGGAAGGGACAAAAGACGGCUCGAGCUCUGGUGGAGGGUCACUCGGAGCGCUAAUACUGGGGAGGUCUUAGAAUCCAUUGAAUAUGACUCAUGCAUACAGGCGGAGAUGAUGCGCAAUAGAGGGAGGUACCGAUUCGUUGUGCCCAGGGACAUCAUCACGGAGUUCUGGUACAUCCCCGACGGAGGAGAAGACCGACGAAUCAGGGAUAGAGGAGGACCAGCAGAACCUGCCGCACCGGCAUCCAGGAUGGGAGGUACUGAGGAGGUUGCGAAAACCAUCAAUCAAUUGUGCAGCACAGCUGGAAUAGCGCGAACGCCGUCCGACAACAUCAUUGGGGAAAUAAUGAGGGAGUUGGGCGAACAGCCUAAAGUGCAGGUCAUGGGGAUCGGAAUAGAUGAAAUAGGGGAUAACGGAGGUGAGAACGUAUCUUGGAUAUCGGGGGAAGGAUGUGUGAUAGGAGAGGAUGUGACGGAUGUGGUCAUCGCUAUCGAUGCGUCUAGCGAAGGCAUGAGUAUAGAAGUUGAUCGAAAGGCAUCCGGUUGGAGACGUGAGGAAGGUCUAGAUAGUACGCGAGAGGCUCGAGAUAGAGUGUUUGGUAAUAUAGAAAAGGUUAUCACCGACGCCAACAGCAGAGGAAUAGUGGCUACGACCAUAUGGAUAGGCGGCAAAAGUCGAUUGGCCGACGAGACCAUUGUUCGAAUGGCGCUUGCCUGGGACAUGUGGAUAGUACGGAGUGAUGGAUGCAUGCUGGGUAUGAAUGACGGGGUGGACGCGUCGUGUUACAUAGGAAUGAUCACUCCAUGUAUGAUGAACACGAUCGCGGCGGACAUGCUAGCAUGCGAUCAUAUGCCAAGGGAUCAUGAGUUAAUGUCGCACAUGGUGAGGACAUCGGACACGAAAAUGGACGUGCAACGAGAGCAGGAGCGUAAGGCGAUACGCGAAAUGAUCAAGGUGAUAGAGGACGUGGUAAGCAUCUGCGGCGAGGAAGAGGGUGAUUCGGUGUCGAUGGCAUGUGAAGAACACGAGGGAGAAUAUCUCGGAUAUAGUAGUGGUAUGGUGACACUGGACGUGGACUCCUUGGCACAGCUGGAAAAGGGAACGAUUAGAGGAAACUCGUAUUGGGUGAUAGACAUGGAGGGAGACGACGAGCACGUCGACGAUGCUACGGAUCGAGAAGAUCAGACGCUGGUGAGGAACUAUGCUGCUGCGGCUGCCGAGGAUGGGGCACCGUACAUCAGUCGUGAGGAGCCCAGAUGGAAAAGAUGCAUAGUUAUGAAUAAUCCAGGCCGAGAGGCAAUGGGGGAGGUCUUCGGACCCCGGGCGAAACACAUACAGGACCUGCGCGUGAUCCUGGUCGACGGCGACGACAUAGGCAAGGUUAGGAUGAUGAAGCCAAACAGUCGCCGCACCAGACAUAGCACCGGAGGGGCCGCGGUAGCUUACCCUGGAGAAGAGCUCGAGGUGGGAGACAUGAACUGCAACGGAUGGAUAGUAGUGCUGGCCGGGGAGAGGGAGAGCAGCGACACAGAUCGACGCCACGACCAAGAUAGAGAGGAAAGCUCCGGAUUCGACGACCAGAGUGAUGUGUUUGAUUCAGAAGGGUGGACGCUGUCGGACUUGGAAGAGGAACGGGAACCUGUGGAUGAGGCAUUCUUCAGGGCCGGGCACGCUGAAACCAUCAACCUCGAGACUAUGGAAAAGGGCGAAUGCGACAUAGUCAUGUGGGAGGCAGAGAGGAAUGCACUGGUCCUCGAACUAAAGGACGACAUCCAUGUUCCGUUGAUAGGAUACACCUGGGUUCGUACUGGGAUAGCAUAUCCGGAAGAUCCUGGCACAAGUGUGAGAGUGUCUGCGCUUGGACAACUUGUGGCGGAAACUAUGUGCGACGUCAUAGGAUACGAGGACGAGGAGUAUGGAGAUGGAAUAGUCGCAGUCCCUGCUAUACAGGUGGAUGCAGAUCAAGAGGAUAGCUGGGAAGAGGUUGCGGAAAAUGAAGUGUGUGAUAGCAUCGACGAGACAGUAGGAGAACUUGAGCCACUGAUGGCCACAAUCAUAGAGGACGAAGAGGAAGACAUCGAGGAAGUGUUCGGACUUGUCGCUAGACCCGUGACGAAAGCUGAGAGGGCGAUCAACCCCAAGGCUCGGGCCGCGCUUGAUAAGGAAUGGAAAAAGCUGAUGGAUCAAGUGGUCUGGAUAAUGGAGGAGGUGCGUUCGUGGAAGGACGUUCAGCGGGAGGCAAUGGAUAGAGGGGAAAUAGCUCAUGUAGGUCGUAUCUUCGACAUUUGUGUAGAAAAGAACUGGGAGCUUGCUGAAGACGAUCCUCUUAGGAAGUAUAAGGGGAGAGUUGUGUUUGAGGGAUGUCAUGUCAAAGACCAGGAGGGAAAGUGGGCCAUCUUUCAGGAAAUCACAUCAUGCCCUGCGACACUUGAGGCAGGCAAGAUGGCGGAUGCCUAUGGGAUGCUGCCAGGACACGACAUCGAGAUGUCGGACGGUGAGUCGGCAUACACGCAGGCGCUGUUGGGGGGGCCUAAAACAUGGAUACGGAUCCCGAGGGAUAGGUGGCCAGAUGAAUGGGAGGGCAUAGACGACCCCGUGGUGCCACUGAGACUAGCUUUAUACGGGCAUCCGGAUGCCGGGGGGUUCUGGGAAAAGCACUGCGAAAAGGCUGUGACUGAGGUCGGCUUCGAAUUCCUCUCAGAUUGGCCUAGUGUGUUUUUCCAUAAGGAGCUGAAGCUGAUGCUGGUGAUCUACGUCGACGACUUCAAGCUUGCGGGGCCCAAAGAGAACUUAGCGAUAGGAUGGGAGAAGCUGGCGAAGAGAAUCAAGCUCGAAGAGCCACGAAGUAUGGGUAGGUACUUGGGAUGCUUGCACACGGCUAGCGCGAUACCUUUUCGGUCGCCGUUUGAGCCGAGACACGAGUGGACGAAGAUCAUCGAGCCCAAGAAGGAACCGCCUAACUUCGUGGGGAAGGCCGAGGCGAAGGAAGAUAGUCCAGAUGAAAUCAGGAUUCUUCGAUACGAUGUUACCGAUUUCAUGAAGCAGUGUGUGGAUAGAUAUCAAGAGUUGUGCUCGACGGCAUAUCCUAAGCCACUGGAUAAAGCUAAGACCCCAUAUCUCGACGAGAGCCGCCCAGAGUUCGACGAGAACCCAGUAGACGACAAGGUGAACGAAAUUAUGGGGAUAGCCAAGUACGAGCUGCCGGAUGAGGGGCCGGGAGUGUUGAAAGAGCACGCCCCUGCGGUGCUCAUGAAGAUCUUGUAUGGGGCCAGAGUCGGAAGGUAUGACCUUCUGCGACCAGUACAGGUUCUGGCGUCGAGGCUGACGACCUGGACACAUCUCUGUGACAAGAGAAUGCAUAGACUGAUCUCAUACAUCAACGAGACGACCACAACGAGCCUCUACGGAUGGGUCGGGGAUAGGAUAGGAGACAUCCGUCUUGUGCUAUACUGUGACGCCGAUCUUGCCAGCGACAAGAACGACCAUAGAGAGAGAACAGGCUAG